AUGGACAAAAAUAUGCACGAUUACGAACAAAAGAAGGAUAUGAUUGGGUCGGAAAUGUCUUUGAAAAAAUCCGAUAUAUCAAGAAAUAAUGGAUGUAUUGUGUAUGAAUUACAAGUUUCAAUUUCAGGUCAUCAAAGAAAACAUUCAACAUCCGUUACCAAAAUCUUUUAUGGUCAAGUGCUAUGGUACUUUAGUCACAUUCACGACAAUGCAACUGUCAUGCUCGCUUAUGUAAGAUGGGCAAAUGUUCCGGAUGAAAGGAGAGAACAGCCACUUUUUGGAAUCAAAAAAUUUCGUGAAUUUGGACGAUGUGAGUUCAUUGAUGUAAGAACGAUAAAAAGAGUUGUUGGAUUCUUUGAGGUGAAUGGGAAUAUCUAUAUUUUGGAUAAGGGCGAUAACCUUACUUUCGCAUAA